AUGUCAACUACAAUCAAAUCCGCUACAAACAUAGAGAUUUACUCAAGAUUCGACAACAACUUCAAAGCUGACUGCACAGCCUACAUUGUUGAAGAUGUCACUGACAUAAUGCCAGAAGUCCCGAUCAAUCCACAGAAAUGGAGUCAUCUGCAACACCUGUCACUGGCAGAUCCAACUUAUCAUACACCAAGCAACAUUGAUUUACUACUUGGAGUUCAUAUCUACUCAGACAUCUUAAUGAAUGGAGUGAUUAAAGGAGAACCAGGUACUCCCAUAGCACAACAAACACGCUUGGGAUAUAUACUGUCAGGAGGUCAUUUGACAAACAACCGCACAAGAGAAUUCAAAACCAUGCAUCUGAACAUAACUUUAGAGGAGAUGGUAGAAAAAUUUUGGGAGACAGAGAGAUUAGAGUCAGAGGAAAACGACACUCUCACCCCACAAGAACUUAGAGCUGAGAAAAUAUAUCAAGAAACUGUAACUAGAGAUGUUGAUGGAAGAUACAUUGUGGCACUUCCCUUUAAAAGCGACAAACCUAUUUUACCUGAGAAUUCGAGAGAAAUUGCACUGAGAAGAUUCAUGAGCACUGAGAGAAGAAUAGAAGCAAACAAAAAAUUGAGAGAAGCCUACAACGAGGUCAUGAGAGAGUACAUAACACUUCAACAUAUGGAAUUGAUCGAACGAGAUGAGUCUGUUAAAGAAACUGACAAACAAGUAUAUUUGUCACAUCACCCUGUGAUCCGUGAAGAUAGAGAAACUACCAAGUAUCGCAUAGUCUAUGACGCUUCAUGCAAAGGAAGCAACGGAGUGAGCCUCAACUCAGAACUGCUAGUUGGUCCGUCACUUCUGGGAGAUCUUCGAGACAUUCUUAUGAGAUGGAGAACACACAAAGUCUGUUUUGUGGCUGAUGUCAUCAAAAUGUAUCGCCAGAUCCUUGUAAGAAGAGAAGACACAGACUUUCAGAGAAUACUUUGGAGAUUCAGCCCUGAUGAAGACAUAAGAGAAUACAGAAUGCUAACAGUCACAUUUGGAACAGCAUGUGCGCCAUUUUUAGCUAUCAAAACCUUGAGACAAAUAGCAAUUGAUGAGGCAAACACAGAAGAAUAUGCCCAAGCUCGAGAGAUUAUCAACCACUCUUUCUACAUGGACGAUGUACUGUCAGGGGAGAUACAGAAGAAACCGCAAUAG